GUCAGAUUUUUCUUUUAAAAAUGUCCCUUAAGAACCCCCCAGAUGUUUACACAUUUUUUUAUAUUAAGAUCUUGAUUCCUUUUUGAUGGUUACAUUUCGCUCCAUACUGUUCUCAUCACUUCUCUUCUUGCAACGUGUAAAGAUUCCGCUGAUCUUUCAGUCUAUGAACUCCACUUGUUUCUGUUGAUUCAUUUUUUGAAACACAUUUUGUUUUGGUUUCUCUCACUUAGCUUUCUUUUAAACCCCGGCUCUUUAUUUCUCAAUGAACUCCACUUGUCCCAUUGUUUAAGUGCUUCACAUUUUUGUUGUUCCUUAAAAUUUUGUCACUUCAAACUCUAUCUGAAGAGAGGGAAUGAUGUUUCUUUAGCAUAUUUUAACGUUUUGUUUUGUUUCUCUUGUAAUCAAAUUCAUCUUUUUCAGUGGCAAUAAAUAUGGGGAAAGCUGCAAGGUGGCUAAAGGGCUUGCUGGGGAUGAAAAAAGAAAAGGAAAAAGACCAUGUAGAGAACUCAUUUUCAGAUUCAAAUUCAAGUUUCAGUGACAACAGCAAGAAGAAGAAAAGGUUCAGUUUUGGCAAGCCAUUGAAAGACACAAGUGUGAAUUCUCAGAUUCCUGCCAACAUUGCAGCUAAUAUUCCCUCAAGAGACAUGGCCUGGAUCAGGUCAUACAUUGCAGACUCAGAAAGUGAUCAGAACAAGCAUGCAAUCGCUGUGGCUGCAGCCACCGCAGCUGCCGCCGAUGCAGCGGUGGCAGCGGCGCAGGCCGCAGUGGCUGUUGUGAGGCUGACUAGUAAUGGUAACAGGACUCUUUUCGGUGGAGAGAAAGAGAAGUGGGCAGCUGUAAAAAUUCAGACUGUUUUUAGGGGGUAUUUGGCCCGGAAAGCGCUUAGAGCGUUGAAGGGAUUGGUGAAGAUACAGGCUCUUGUUCGAGGGUAUCUUGUUCGAAAACGGGCAACUGCAACACUUCACAGCAUGCAAGCCUUAAUCAGAGCUCAAACUGCAGUUAGAUCUCAGCGAGCUCGCCGUUCUUUUAAUAAAGAGAACAGGUUUCAACCAGAGUUUUUGCCACGAAAAUCCAUUGAAAGGUUUGAUGAAACAAGAAGUGAAAUGCAUAGUAAAAGAAUAUCUGGAUUAGAUGAAAAUCCUAAAAUAGUCGAAAUCGACACAUUCCAGCCAAGAUCAAGAUCUCAUCGCUACAACGCUGCUGCAUUAUCCGAGUGUGGUGAUGAUCUAUAUUUCCAAGCAGUGUCAUCACCUCUUCCAUGUCCAGUUCCAGCUCGAAUCUCAAUCCCCAAUUACCAAGAACAUCCAGAUUUUGAAUGGUCCUUCAUUGGCGACAAAUGCAGGUUCUCUACCACUGCACAUAACACCCCUCGUUUCGCAAACUCUGUUCGAUCAAGUGUUCCUCUAACUCCAUCCAACUUCCCAAAUUACAUGGCAAACACUCAAUCGUUCAAUGCAAAAUUGAGGUCCUAUAGUGCCCCAAAGCAAAGACCGGAACCGGGGCCAAAGAAGAGGCUUUCGCUGAAUGAAAUUAUGGCGUCAAGAAACAGCAUAUGCAGUGUGCAAAUGCAGAGGUCAUCCUGCAUUAAAGUUCAAGAAGGUUUGAACUAGGAAGUGACUGAUGAGAAAUUUCUAGUUUUGAUGUUAACGAGGAAAACAGGGAUAGAAUAAAAAAAUGCUUGUGUAAAUUCUUUCAAUAUUUCUUACUAAAUCAUUGCCUUUGUUUAAGUUGCUUGGUGGGCUCUCAAAGUAUGUAUAAGGUAUGAAACAAGCUAUAUUUUCCGUUUGUUAAUUUGAGCCUUUUUAAUAAGAAAAUCAACUUGAUGA